AUGAGAACGGCAGACGAGGCUUAUCAAGUUACACAACAAAUCUACCACUCAUUUCGGGAUGGAAGAUAUCCCAUCCCCAACGAUGACAUCGAACAGAAUCGUGAAGACAUGAAGCAUGCGAUGGUCAUGGAACUCACUGAUGGCAAGCUGUUCCAUGCCCCGAUCGGCGACUCGCCCAGCAAGAUUAUUGAUCUUGGGACGGGCACUGUUGGAGACCGGUACCCUUCCGCCGAGGUCACCGGCGUGGACUUGGUGCCUUCUAACGUCGGGUUUUUCGUCGAUGAUGUUGAAGAUGACUGGUUAGUAUCAGGGGACAAUUUCGAUCUCAUACACAUGCGGAACUUGGCAUCUCUUGUGCACGACCUCCCAAAGCUUCUAGAGGGAGUCUUGGACAACCUCAAACCUGGAGCCUUUAUCGAAACUCAGGACUUCAGUGCCAACGUGCACUGCGAUGAUGGGACUAUGCCCGAAGACUGGCCCCUACUCGAAUUCUGGUCCAAGAUUCGCAACGCCAUGCACAAGAUGAAGAUUGACAUCCAAGUCGCCCCGCGCAUCGGCGCCCUCAUGAGUAACGCCGGCUUUGUCAACGUUAAGGCGAUAUCAUACAAAGUGCCGGUCGGACGAUGGCCUCUCGACAAGACGAAGCGCCUGGUUGGGCAUUACAUGCGCUCAGUGACAGAAGACUUCUUGGGUGCGGCUGCAAGUAAGCCGUUGGCAGCUCUGGGGAUGGAUCGGACUGAGAUCGAGGUGUUUCUCGCAUCCGUUCGGAACGCAAUCAAAGAUCCGGACGUGCAUGCGUAUGGCACGUAUUAUUCCUGGGUGGGACAGAAGCCAAUAGAUUCAGGUCGUGAGUGA